AUGGGUCCACAAGUUUUUCAAGGUUUGUGUGACAUUUUGCGAAGAGAUGGUGAUCUUCAAGACACACAGCGUGCCACAGUUGAAGAGGCACUUGAUGGAAUACAUGUUCGUGUCAAAGUGUCUAAUGAGGAUGCACCAAGAUAUCGGGGUAGGAAGGGCUACACAACACAAAAUGUGUUGGCAGCAUGCUCAUUUGAUUUAAAAUUCACAUAUGUAUUACCAGGUUGGGAAGGAACUGCUUCUGAUUCAAGAAUAAUAAAGAAUGCUUUAACUAGAAACGAUAACUUAAAAAUCCCACAAGGAUACAUGAAUAGAAGUCGUUUGAUUGCACCUUAUAGGGGAGUGCGUUAUCAUUUAAAAGAGUACUCUGUUCGUCCCCCUGAAAAUGCUAAAGAAUUGUUUAAUUUGCGACAUGCAUCAUUGCGUACUGCUAUUGAAAGAGCAUUUGGUGUACUUAAAAAAAGAUUUCCUAUCAUAGCAAGUACUACAGAGCCUAAUUAUUGUGUUGACACACAAAAUGAAAUUAUUUUAGCAUGUUGCAUACUUCAUAAUUAUUUAAUGGGUGUCGAUCUUGAUGAAAGUCUUAUUGCUGAAGUUGAUGAAGAGGUUUUGCAUUUUCAUCGUAAACGUGUGGCCCCUACUUCAGGAGAAGAUGAUGAGGAUGCUAGGCAAGGAGAUAUUAUAAGAGAUUCUAUAGCAUUAGCCAUGUGGCAAAACUAUGUCCAAAUGUGA